AUGUCGACUGCCAUUGUGGUUGAAACAGCUAGCGCUCAGCCGAAGGUCACGGCUCUCCGCUUCUACAAGCACGGUGACCUUCGCCUAGAACAACUUGAGCCUCAGCUGUGCGGUCCCGACGACGCCCGUGUCAAGGUCGCCUAUAGCGGCAUCUGUGGCACCGAUGUGACCGAGUAUGUCGGUGGGCCUAUUUUUCCUCCCCAGGAAGGGCAAAUCAAUCCUCAUACGGGUGUUUCCCUGCCUGUCGUCAUGGGUCACGAAUUCUCUGGCACUGUCUGCGAGAUUGGCUCCAAUGUACGCCAUCUGAACGUUGGACAGCCCGUCGUCAUCAGCCCUGCCUACGACCAUCGUCACCAUGGUUCCAAGUUCUGUGGACCUUGUGAGGACGAGAAGUAUAACAUCUGCGAUGCCUCUGCAACCAUUGGUCUUAAUGCACCUGGUGGUGGCUUUUGCGACCAAACGGUUGUCAAGGCUAUAAACUGUGUUCCUCUGCCUUCUAACGUGAGCUUGAAGGCUGCCGCCUUGGUAGAGCCCCUUGCGAUUGGGCGCCACUGCAUAACGUCUUCGGGUUUCAAAAAGGGCCAGUCGGUUCUCAUAUGUGGUGCAGGCCCAAUUGGGCUGGCUAUCGUGUUGCUUCUCCGUGUCAUGGGUGCCUCCAAGAUCGUUGUGACCGAAGUAUUAGAAUCGCGUAUGAUGCAGGCCCGGAGGUUUGGGGCAGAUGCUGUCAUAAACCCGCUGGAGCUAUCUGCAGAUGAGGGAAAAUCGACAGAGGAGACCAUUGGCAAAGUGGUUCCGGGCGGCGUCGAUAUAGCUUUUGAUGCAAUUGGAUUCCAAUCAACAUUGGAUCUUUCCAUCUCCAGUGUGAAACCGGGAGGAACAGUUUUCAAUGUCGCAAUUCACAAGAAACCACUAUCGCUCAAUCUGAACGACUUGACCAUGAAGGAGAAGAAGCUGACUGGUGGCAUUUGCUAUUUCCAAGAAGAUUUUGAUGUCGUCCUUGGCAUGCUAGCCGACGGAAGACUUGAUGCGGAGCAAAUGAUCACCUCUAUUGUUCCACUGUCGAAAGCCGUGGUAGGAGGCUUCGACGAGUUGGUUCAUAAUCGUGCAGCUCAUAUAAAGAUUUUGAUCAAGCCUUGA